GGUGAUAUCCGGACAGCCUGCACCCUCCGGGCCCAGUUCCUGCAGAACCUCCUGAUUCCCAUGGGGCCCACGCGGGAGCACUGGGCGCUGCGGGACCAGCGGGACCGCUCUCCAGCCGGCGGCUCAGGGCUUUCCGGCCCCGGGGGCCUAGCUGCCGGCGCACUCGUGACGUCAGAGGAGGGCGCCACGCUUGAAAGAGUGGGCGGGAGGCGGCGGCCGCGGCUGGGCGCUGUCAUGGAGCUAGUUCCGCAAGCGCGGGAACUCCGUUGCUGGGCGGCCGAAGAGAUGCGGGUGCCCGCGGCGUCCCGGGCCCCGGAGUCCACCCUGCGCAGGCUGUGUCUGGGCCAGGGGGCUGACAUCUGGGCCUACAUCUUGCAGCAUGUGCAUAGUCAGAGCACUGUCAAGAAGAUCCGGGGAAACUUACUGUGGUAUGGCCACCAGGACAGUCCAGAGGUCAGCCGGAAGUUGGAGCUGGAAGCUGCAGUGGCACGCCUGCGCACAGAGAUCCAAGAGUUAGACCAGAACCUGGAGCUGAUGGAGCGAGAGGCUGAGGCUCAGGACCUGGCUGUGGAGCAGAUGCUGCAGAGCACACGGGACACCCAGUAUCGAGCUCUCCUCCUCCGGGCCCAAGCUGGAAACCUGCGAAGACAGCAGCACGGACUGCGAGUCCCCACACAGCAGCUGCAGAAUCAGCUCAGGCGCCUACAGGACAUAGAGAGGAAGGCCACAGUGGAUGUGACCUUUGGACCCCUGACAUCAGCAUCUGUGGCCCUGGAGCCUCUUGUCUUGCGUGAUGUCCGAACAGCCUGCGUCCUCCGGGCCCAGUUCCUGCAGAAUCUUCUCCAAGCCAGGGGUGGCAGCAUCCU